AUGGCAGACCAAGACGGCGAUGGUCCUCAGCCCUAUGCUGCAUAUCUCCGGACUGUUAUCCAAAAGGGCCUCUUAGCCGGCGAGCUGCCCGUCGUGACAACGGAUCCAAACCAGCUCCAAGAGCAGGCCCGGAAGGCGAUGCCCAAGGCCGGGUUUGACUACAUCUUGGGCGGAGCCGGUGAGGCGGCAACAAUGGACGCCAACCGUCUUGCUUUCCGCCAGUGGAAAAUCAUUCCCCGCGUCUUGAAGCCCACAACGCCUCGCGAUCUAAGUGUCACUCUUUUUGGCCAGAAAUAUGACGUUCCCAUUCUCAUGGCACCCAUUGGCGUCCAAUCGUUGUUCCAUCAGGACAAGGAGAUUGGCGUUGCUCAAGCUUGUGCCGAAUUACGCGUUCCCUUCACCUUGAGCACAGUUUCGCAAUCCACAUUUGAAGAAGUUGCCGCCGCAGCACCAGGGUCACCAAAGUGGUUUCAAUUAUACUGGCCCAGCGACGAGGAACUCACAGCCUCACUUCUCAAGAGAGCCAAGGAUAACGGCUACACGGCGCUCGUGGUAACUCUUGAUACUUGGACUCUUGCUUGGAGGCCGACUGACCUCGAUACUGCCAAUGUUCCUUUCCUCGUGGGCGUGGGAGACGCAAACGGCUUUUCGGAUCCAGUCUUUAGGCGUAAAUUUGCCGAGAUGAGCGAUGGUGGCACUCCCGAAGACAAUCUGGUGCAGGCUGCAAUGUACUGGAUCGGCAACACUUUCCCCGGAGUCUCUCGCUCCUGGGAAGACCUCAAGAUCCUAAAGAAGCACUGGGAUGGACCCAUCAUCCUCAAGGGCAUCCUCAGCGUCGAAGACGCCAUCUUGGCGGCCGAGCAUGGUAUGGAUGGAAUUGUCGUGAGCAAUCAUGGCGGCAGGCAGAUUGAUGGCGCCAUCGGGACUUUGGACGUCCUUCCCGAAAUCGUCGACGCUGUUGGCAGCAAGUUGACCGUCAUGAUGGACUCUGGCAUCCGAACUGGCGCCGAUAUUCUCAAGGCCCUGGCGCUUGGAGCCAAGGCAGUCUUUGUUGGGCGACCUGUGGUUUAUGGGCUGGGUAUCAACGGUAAAGAGGGUGCUGAAGCGGUCUUGGCAGGGUUGCUGGCUGAUCUCGAUUUAACAAUGGGAUUUACCGGAGUUCAGAACAUUGGGGAGUUGAAUCAAUCGAUUUUGCGUAAGAUUCAGCACGCUGGGGAUAUCAAAUCAAGUCUCUGA